AUGCAUCAACAAAAAAGACAGCCAGAGUUAGUGGAAGGAAAUCUUCCUGUUUUUGUGUUUCCCACGGAGCUAAUAUUUUAUGCAGAUGACCAGUCAACACAUAAACAAGUGUUGACUCUGUAUAAUCCCUAUGAGUUUGCCUUAAAGUUCAAAGUUUUGUGUACUACUCCAAAUAAGUAUGUUGUCGUCGAUGCUGCAGGUGCAGUAAAGCCUCAGUGUUGUGUAGACUUGAUCCUGGAUGCCCGUGGCUGUCAACAUGUGGUACUGGACCGGCAGCAGCUUCACCCGGGAUCUCGUUAA